CCAGUGACCUUGGCAUUGCUCAACCAGCAGCAUCCUGAGCUGGGUUUUCCCCUCUGAGGUCCCAGUUUGACUUUCCCCAUCCCACUUCCCCAGGCAGCCAUGGGAUGGAUGAAGAACCAGCAGUGCCUUGCUGUUGGGACACCUGAGGAUGCCGCUCUCCCACCUCCAGCCUUCCACAAGCAUCCCCAUGCCCCAGCAUUGGACUGGGGUGAAGAUGGGGAGCCCUCAGCUUGACAUUGCCCCAGUGCCUCCAUUAAGGACGUUGUGAUAAGUGCCCCACGGGGCUGUUUGCCUUCCUUAUCACGAGCACUGCCCAAACAACGUGCUUGGGAUAUAAGGAACCUACCUGGGACACCCUCGCUGUGUCUGCACCUCAGCUGCUAGAACCACCAUGAAGCUCCUCCUGCUCUUCAGCUUGGUGGCCCUGGCUCAAUGCCUCGUCCACAGGAUCCCUCUGAGGAAGGGGAAGUCCCUGCGGCAGUCCCUGCAGGAGCGGGGUUUGCUGGAGCGCUACCUCAAGAAGCACCCCUAUGACCCGGCUGCCAAGUACUUCAGUACUGGGGUCUCUUCGGAGCCUAUGCAGAACUACAUGGAUAACUCCUACUAUGGCACCAUCUCCAUCGGGACCCCACCCCAGGACUUCACCGUCAUCUUCGACACCGGCUCCUCCAACCUGUGGGUGCCCUCGGUGUACUGCACCAGCCUGUCCUGCAGCAACCACAACCGUUUCAACCCAGCAAAAUCCUCCACCUUCAUCAGCACCAACGAGAGCGUCUACAUUGCCUAUGGCACUGGUAGCCUGUCCGGUGUCCUGGGCUAUGACACCGUCAAUGUUGCAGAUAUCGAGGUCUACAACCAGAUCUUUGGGCUCUCUGAGACCGAGCCUGGGGACUUCUUCUACUACAGCCCCUUCGAUGGCAUCCUGGGGCUGGCUUUCCCCAGCCUCGCCUCUUCUGGAGCCACCCCUGUCUUUGACAACAUGAUGAACGAAGGGCUUGUGGCCAGGGACCUCUUCUCUGUCUACCUGAGCAAGAAUGAGGAGAGUGGCAGCUUUGUCCUCUUUGGUGCCAUCGACCCCUAUUAUGUCACCAACGGCAUCUCUUGGAUCCCCCUCUCUGCUGAGACCUACUGGCAGAUCACCAUGGACAGAGUCUCCAUCAUGGGCAGGGCUGAACUCUGCCAGGACAGCUGCCAGGCCAUUGUGGACACAGGCACCUCACUGCUGGCCAUGCCCAAUGAGUACCUCACUGUGGUCCUCCGUGCCCUUGGUGCCACCUCCAAUGGCGAGGUGAGAAUUGACUGCGAAUACAGGAACAGCCUGCCUGACAUUGUCUUCUACAUCAAUGGAAUGGAGUUCCCUUUGACACCCAGUGCCUACGUGACGGAGAGCAAUGGGGUCUGCAGCCUGGGCUUUCAAGGCAUGAAUGUCCCCACUGAAUCCGGUGAGAUGUGGAUCCUGGGGGAUGUCUUCAUCCGUGAGUACUACGUGAUCUUCAGCAGGGCCAAGAACAUGGUGGGCCUGUCCCGCCUGUCCUGAAGGACAGGGCAGUGCUGCCCCACUGCCCUGCAGCCCCAGCUUGGCAGCUCCCUGCCACCUCCUGCCAUAGCCACCAAUAAAGAUGUA